CGAUUCAUUAAGCAGGCCGUUGCGAAAGAAUCGGUUCGAUGAACUGAAUCAAACUACCGUAGACGAAGCCGUAACCCUCGCAUUAGAUUCCGCGCAUGUAAACAAUACAAUACAGGCAUAUUAAACGGCGAGCGCAGUGGGCUGGAAUAACCUGAACGAGUGACUGACGUGCUGCUUGACCCUGCCGGCAGAUAUGAAAGGGCAACAGAAAAGUUCAGACCCUGACUGCAAUGUUCCUGUAAUUGAAGAAGGUGCAGUUGCUACUGCAGAGGACCCAUCAGCAAUUGCAACCAUUCAGUCAGCUGCCACCUUCUCCUCUGAUCAGCCGAUUAAAUACCUCUUCAAGACAGAAGGAGCUGGGGGGCAGGUAGGGGAACUGUACCCUCCCACCGGACAGGUCACAUAUCGGGUAAUUCAGGUGUCAGAUGGACAGCUGGAAGCUCAAACGGAUGGCACCACGGCUGUCAGCGUAGUGGCAGGUUUUCCUGCUACAACGCAGCCUGUUACACAGGCUGUAUUCUCCCAGUCAGAAGGCUUAGAGGGAGAUGGCACAGAAACCCAUUACACGUAUUACCCAGCCACUAUUUCAGAUGGCGGAACAGGCGCUAUGGUCACUAGUGUCCAGGCACCUGACACUAUCCUCAGUCAGAGCGCACCUACAGGUCAAUUAUACGUGAUGAUGUCCCCCCAGGAAGUUCUGACGGGAACAAACCAGAGGUCUAUUGCACCUCGCACACAAACUUUUAACACUAAGUCAGAAGCACCAAGGACUUCGCGAGACGAGAAACGACGAGCCCAACAUAAUGAAGUUGAGCGACGGCGCAGAGAUAAGAUCAAUAACUGGAUCGUUCAGCUUUCCAAGACUAUUCCUGACUGUACUUUGGACUCCACCAAGACAGGGCAGAGUAAAGGCGGGAUCCUCUCAAAGGCUUGUGAUUACAUUCAGGAGCUGCGACAGAAUAAUAAUCGAUUGGCAGAGGACCUCGGCACACUCGAAAGAUUGAGGAUGGACAACCAGCUUUUACGGCAAGAAGUGGAAGACUGGAAAUCCAAGAAUCAGAUUUUGAGGAACCAGCUCAGGCAACAUGGUAUUGUGGCUGCAGCAAGUGCUGACCCCCAGUGAAGAGGGAUGUAGGGGCUGGUGAAAUGCUGCCCGUGAGCCGUCAUUGAACGUCCGUUGUGAAUGUUAGUGUCAAGACAAAUUGAGGAGUGAAAAUAAGAAGUGUUAUUAGACAUAAGACUUGAAUCAGAACGUCCCACUGGUCGAUACAAACGGCAAUCAUGGACAGUUUUAUUGCAGGAUUUAUUUGUCUGUAAUACCAGUGAGGUUCUUCUUACUGGACGGUGCAUUACUCUGUAUAUAUUUGUUUUGUACAUGUUUUUUUUACUUGUUCUAAUUAUGCCUUUGCUUUUAUGUAUUGAUAAAGUUACUGCAGUUCACUCAGAUGCACAAAACAUGAAAACUGUUAAUUUUUAACCUGAAGUACUUACUCUUGCAUGGGCUAUACUUCCUACUGGAGGGUUCAUUACUUCCAUUAAUAACAAAAUAACUGCUUUUUAUGGUAAUGUGCACAAGCAUUCUGUAUUGUAUAAUACAGUUUACAUAUGAAAUAAAUAGAUACUCCUGCCCUUUGGAACAUAAAUGA